AUGCCUUCUUCGUUUAGUGACACCCUGUAUAUUUAUUGUUUUCUUUCAUAUCUCUCGACAACAUGGAAGAUAAACUACAUCUGGCAGAAUUCUUUCUUUCUUUCUUUCUUUCUUUCUUUCUUUCUUUCUUUCUUCAUGUUAUUCGACUUGGGUUUUCUUUCAAGCUCUUUCCCGUUCUUUCUUCCAUUGUUUCACUUCCUGAUUCAUUGGUCUUUCAUUCAAACAUCCUUCCUCCAUCAUGUUGGCCGCCUUGAUUUGACCUUUCAAGUAUUCUUCAGUUAUUUCUUUUUCUGUUUCGUUUCUUUUUUCUUUUGUUCAAGCUACCAUCACUUAAAUCUUUCUUUCUGUUUCCUUCUCUUCCUUUCUGUUCUGUCUCCUUUCUCCCUUUGUCAUUUGUUUCUUUCUUCAUGUCAUUUCUUUCUUUCCUUCUUUUCUCCUUUCUUCAUGUCGUCUGCCUUUGUUUUGUUUCUUCCGUUCUUUCAUUGUUUCUUUUCUUUUUCAGUAGUUUCUCUUCCUUCCUUUAUGGUGCACAUUCUAAAUUCUCUUUCAAGCAUUCUUUCUUUCUUUCUUUCUCUCUUUCUUUCUUUCUUUCUUUCUUUCUUUCUUUCUUUAUGUUAUGCACUAAUGUUUUCUUUUUCAAACCUCCUUCAUUCUUUCUUCCUUUCUGUCUCCUUCCGUUCCUUUCUGUCGCCAUUCUUCUCUUGUCGUAUAUUUCAUUUCUUUCUACAUGUCUACCUUAAUUUCGUUUUCAUUUUAUCUUCCUUUCUUUCUUUCUUUCUUUCUUUCUUUCUUUCUACUCCCCAACACUUCUUUCUUUCUUUCUUUCUUUCUUUCUUUCUUUCUUUCUUUCUUUCGUUAUGUUGUCCGCCUUGGAUUGAGUUCCAAUUUAGAUUUCUUUCUUUCAUGGUUUCUUUUCUCUUUCAUUUGUUUCUCUUCCUUCCUUCUUCUUUUCCUUCCUCCCUUCCUUUCUUUAUGUUGCCCGUUCUGAAUUCUCUUUCAAUCAUUCUUUCUGUCUUUAUUUCAUUGUUUACUUCCUUUCUUCUUUCUUUAUGCAUUGAAUAA